GCCGCGGCUGCGGCGGCUCCGGGACGAGCGAGGGGAGCCCGGGGAGCUCUGUGAGAUGGGCCGGCUCCCAAGUCAGGGGGGAGGACACUUACUACAGCUGCUCAGAAGCACCACCAGAAGCUCAGAUGUGGGCACCCCAGCCAGCAGCAGAGAGGGGUGCAGGGAAGCCACAGAGAAGUCCCUUCUGAUGCCCCAAGGAGCAAGCCAACCCCUUCCUGGCUCCAGGAACAUCACAAAGCAAUAUGAAACCUGUUCAUGAGAGGAGUCAGGAAUGCCUUCCACCAAAGAAACGAGACCUCCCUGUGACCAGCGAGGAUAUGGGGAGAACUACCAGCUGUUCCACAAACCACACACCUUCCAGUGAUGCCUCUGAAUGGUCCCGAGGGGUCGUGGUGGCUGGACAGAGCCAGGCUGGAGCCAGAGUCAGCCUGGGUGGUGAUGGAGCUGAGGCCAUUACUGGUCUAACAGUAGACCAGUAUGGCAUGCUGUAUAAGGUGGCAGUGCCACCUGCCACCUUCUCACCAACUGGCCUGCCAUCUGUGGUGAACAUGAGCCCUUUGCCCCCCACGUUUAAUGUAGCAUCUUCUUUGAUUCAACAUCCAGGAAUCCACUACCCCCCAGUCCACUAUGCUCAGCUCCCAUCCACCUCACUGCAGUUUAUCGGAUCUCCUUAUAGCCUUCCCUAUGCUGUACCACCUAGUUUCCUACCAAGUCCCCUCCUUUCUCCUUCUGCUAACCUUUCCACCUCUCACCUUCCACAUUUUGUGCCAUAUGCCUCACUCCUGGCAGAAGAAGCCACUCCGCCCCCCCAGGCUUCAUCCCCAGCCCACUCAUUUAACAAAGCCCCUUCUGCCACCUCCCCACCCGGCCAGUUGCCUCAUCACUCAAGUACUCAGCCACUGGAUCUUGCUCCAGGCCGGAUGCCCAUUUAUUAUCAAAUGUCUAGGCUACCUGCUGGAUAUACCUUGCAUGAAACUUCUCCAGCAGGCGCCAGCCCAGUGCUUAACCCUCAGGAGGGCCAGUCUGCUCUGGAAGCAGCUGCUGCCAAUGGAGGACAGAGACAGCGAGAGCGAAAUUUAGUAAGACAGGAAAGUGAAGCCCUUGACUCCCCCAGCAGCAAGGGUGAAGGCCAAGGAGGACUAGUGCCAGUGGUAGAAUGCAUGGUGGAUGGACAAUUGUUUUCAGGUUCUCAGACUCCGAGAGUGGAGGUGGCAGUGCCUGCACACCGAGGAACCCCAGACACUGACCUUGAGGUUCAGCGGGUAGUUGGCGCUUUAGCUUCUCAGGACUAUCGUAUGGUGGCAGCUCAGAGGAAAGAUGAACCCAGUCCUCUCAACCUGUCACACCAUGCCCUUGACCAUCAGGGUGAGGGGCGAGGGUCAGCCAGGAACCCUGCAGAGGUGGCAGAGAAAAAUCAGGCUCGUGGGUUCUACCCUCAGUCCCAUCAGGAACUGGUAAAACACAGACCUUUACCCAAAGCAAUGGUUGUAGCCAAUGGCAACCUGAUGCCCACUGGAACUGACCCAAGUUUGCUGCCUAUGGGCUCAGAAAUCCUAGUGGCAUCAAGUCUGGACAUGCAGACCAGAGCCACCUUCCCAGACAAGGAGCCAACGCCACCCCCCAUUACCUCCACCCAUUUGCCCUCCCAUUUCAUGAAAGGUGCCAUCAUUCAGCUGGCUACAGGGGAGCUGAAGCGGGUGGAGGACCUCCAGACCCAGGAUUUUGUGCGCAGUGCCGAAGUGAGUGGGGGCCUGAAGAUCGACUCUAGCAGGGUUGUGGACAUUCAGGAGAGCCAGUGGCCUGGAUUUGUCAUGCUACAUUUUGUUGUUGGUGAACAGCAGAGCAAAGUGAGCAUCGAGGUGCCCCCUGAGCACCCCUUUUUUGUGUAUGGCCAGGGUUGGUCCUCCUGCAGCCCUGGAAGGACUGCACAACUCUUCUCUCUGCCCUGCCAUCGGCUACAGGUGGGAGAUGUCUGCAUCUCUAUCAGUUUACAGAGCUUGAACAGUAACUCAGUUUCUCAGGCCAGCUGUGCUACCCCAAGCCAGCUGGGUACCCCCCGAGAAAGGCCUGAGAGGACGGUCUUGGGGUCCAGAGACCUAUGUGACAGUGAGGGGAAGAGCCAGCCUUCAGGAGAGGGCUCCUGUGUGGUAGAGCCCUCCCAGCCUGAGCCUGGUGCUCAAGCCUGCUGGCCAGCCCCAAGCUUCCAAAGAUACAGCAUGCAAGGGGAGGAGGCACGGGCUGCACUGCUCCGUCCCUCUUUCAUUCCACAGGAGGUAAAGCUGUCUAUUGAAGGCCGUUCCAAUGCGGGAAAAUGAACCUUUCUCAGACCAGGACUGGGGCUUUAACCCCAGAGGUGA